AUGAAACGUCUUUCUUAUAUAUAUUACAUUAUUGCUACUGCAGCAGCAUUUCUUUCCUUCAUAAAUAUUUUAUUUUUUCGUCCAAAAAUACCACAACAUGAACGAGAAAUGUGUAUCAUUCUUAAAAACACAUCAUUUGCUGGUGGUGAAUUUUUUACCACAUUUGAAAAAUCACCAGAAGAUUGUUGUAAAACGUGUUGGGAACAUGAAAAAUGUGUUUCAUGGAGUUUACAUAAAAAUAUGUGUUGGCUAAAAAACGAUGUAACAGAACAAGUAAAUGAUGCUCAAAUGGUUUCUGGUCGAUUUUUAUCACGAAAACCAUCAUCGUGUAUUCAAUCAUCAACAUCAUUAACAUAUAAUAUUAGUUUAAAAAAUGAUGAAAUUGAACAUAUAUGCAAUGUUACUACUAUUAAAAAAAAGGUAUUAUUCACUGGAUUAGCACAUCAAAUGGAUUUAAAUAAUGCAGAAAUGAUUUUAAAAACGUUUGUUCAAUUUGGAUCAGUAUUUAAUGACUGGCAUGCUAUUAUUUAUGAAAAUGAUAUACGAGGUGAGAGUUCUUUGAAGAAAAUAAGUUUAUCAAAUAAUAAAAUAUCGUUAAUUAGUGAAAUAUUACAUGUACCAUUCUCAAAGCAAAUGGAAAGUAAAAUGAAAUGUGGUCGACCAAAAUUAUUGGCACAUUUACGACAACGUUUGAUGACAACAAUAAAAGUAUCAUUACAAAGUUCUGUAUUCGUAAAUUAUUCUUUAAAAUUCAUGCCAGAUUAUAUUAUUUAUUUUGAUAUGGAUUUAUUGGCACAUGAUGGUUUAGAUAUUGAAAGUGUGGCUAAAUCAAUGUGUAAACGUUUACUUGUUCAUGGAGACAGUUGGCAUGUUCUGUGCGCAAUGGGAACUUCGAAAAGGGGAAAUUACCAGGAUACGUUUGCAUUAAAACCGUGUGAACCAACAUACUACAAGCAUUAUCAUGGUUUUGAUAUGAAAUCAAGUUAUGCAACAGAAUUAGCGCCCUUCAUUACCAACUCGGUUAGCGAACUUGUACGCGUUCGUUCAUGUUUUGGUGGUAUGGCAAUUUAUCGUGCAGAUGUCUUACUCGACACAAAAUGUUCAUAUAACGAUAAAGCAUGCAUGUGUGAACAUGUUUACUUUCAUUCUUGCCUUGCAAAUGAGAAAUAUGAUGGGAUUUAUAUCGAUACAAAAAUGAUUUUACGUUACUAUCCAACAAAUAAAAAGCCAUGA